UGGACCAAAUUCAAAGUAACCGCUGCAGGGGAGGACCAGAUGUGCUUCACACAAUUAGGACACCCUUCCCAAGCACCUUCAGCGAGCGGCGGCGGCGCCGCUGGGGCGCUCCGCGGGUCCCGCUGCUUCGUGCAACAACUCCUACGGGAACUAAUUGCUUCCUUGCCAUUGCUCCCUUCACACGAUAAUAAUAUAAACAAACCUAAGACCGACAGAUCUGUGAAAAAGAACAGGCAUAUAUCUGGCACCCGUUCGCUGAGUUCACCUCCCUCACGCCGCAGCCUCUCCGUGCAAACACCCAAAUCUACGGACUUUCAACACAAGUCUUCAUGGUGUGAAACUAGACCCACUAAACAUGAAAGUUAUAAUAAAGGCAAGGGCGGCGUGGAACCAGGCUGGGCGGGCGGCGCGCGAGCUCUGCGCGACGCGCACGUACGGCUCGUGCUGCGGCAGCUGCGGCACGUCGAGCGGCUUAACCGCGCGCUCGACCGCCGCGCCUGCUAACACAAAUUU